CUGUUUCCGAACAUCAUGGCGACGAUUGGUACUGUGAUGUUAUGGUCAGUAAUCUCGAUUGCAGCUUUACUUGCGAUCCUCUUCUCAGCCUUUUCGAUUUACUUGGCAUACCUCCAUUGGAAGUAUAGUCAUUUUCCUGGGCCAAAACGGGACAGCUUUUUCACUGGUAACUUGCCUUAUAUCAAGCGCGGGAUAGCGAAAGGACAAAUUUUUCCGGAAAUGGUCAUCGAACUCAACCGAAUUCACGGUCCAGUAAUUCUCUUAUGGAUUUUUCACAGGCCAGUCACAUUUGUGUCAGAUCCUGAACUCAUCCGGAAAUGUUUAAUUACACUUAAUCUGCCGAAAAAUCCUUUUGGAUACAUAAAUGUUGGAUACCCGUUUGGCUAUCGUAUGAUGGGACGUGGAUUAUUAACUCAAGUGGACCAUGAUGCUUGGCAGAAGCGAAGAGCACUCUUAAAUCCAGCAUUUCAUCGAAAAUACUUGAUGAAUUUGAUGAAUUCGUUUAACGAAAGCUGUGACUUAUUUCUGGAAAAGUUAGAUAAAAUGGCUGACGGAAAAGCUAUAGUGGACAUGGCGGAUGAGUUUGCAAGAGUUACUCUAGAUGUCAUCGGAAAGGUGGGUAAUUACGAAUAAAUGUACUUGCUAAAGGAAUUGGAACGGUUCCCAUCGAAGCUCAUUCUAUUCUUGACCACAGCCUUAUUCCCAAAGGCAUCUGUUGUUUCUGUUAAAGAACUGUAGGCAGAGUAUGAAAGUAUGGGGUUUUAACCCUUUACACCUUAACAGAAGAAUUCAUAUUCUCCAUACUGUUCUCUGUACAUUUACUAAAGUGCUGACAAGGAGAAUUUGUUCAUCAAUCAAGAGUUUCUUUAGUAGGUGAUCAUUUCCUUUAUUCUCAUGACAGUGUGUGAUUCAGUGGUGAUAUUGUGAGGAGAAAUAAGAUGCUAAUCACUCUUAGAGAAUAACCCUCUAACUCCCAAGAUCAGAUUGUUAAUUCUCCCCUGUAACAGCUUCACAUUUCCUUGUAAAUUAGUUAUGAGAACUUGGUGCUAGAUCAAGGUAGCAACUUCUACCUGAUAAGUUUGAAUAUUCUCAUUACCUGUUUGCUGAAGAAUGUAUGGAUACUGUAGGGAGAAGUUUUUGUUGAUCACUUCUGGGAGUUAAAGGGUUAAAGAGUUAAGGAAAUCUUGCCAAGGAAUUUGCACAGUACUCAAUCAUUGCCGCUUUAUUCCUGUUGCUCAGUAAAACGUAGAAGAUUGAAUUGAUGAAUCAUUCAACUGAUUCUUGUUUCAAAGGCAACUCCUCUCAAAGCUAACUGAUGAGUUUUAAAAAGUACUGCAGUUGACUUAAUCAGUCUGGUUGAACACAAGUGCAUGAGGAAGCAUAGAUAGCAGGAACCCUUUUUUUCUACUGUGGAUGGAGUAGUCUACCACAAAUUAAGAUGACCACAAGUACCUAGUUAUAAAUCAGUAAAUCAUUCAUCCCUUGAGGUUGCUCCAAAUUCUUGAGCUUCAUUGGGCAUUUUUCUAAGCCAAUACAAUUUCCAAAAGAUUGUGCUCAUAAUAUAUCUAAGGCCUAACAAACAUUUUCUCUAAAAUCAAAAUCAGGUUGCAUUCAAUGUGGAUCUUGAUGCAGUCCAAGAUGCCAACAGUCCAUUCCCAUCAUCUAUUUCAAAAUCUCUCAAAGGGAUGCAAGAUUGUUUUCGGAUGCCGUUUUGGAGGAUAUCUGUAACAACAUUUCCUUAUCAAAGGAGUGUGAUCAAAGCAGGCAAAUUCAUCCGUGAUUUUGGAAGGAAGGUCAUUCUUGAACGUCAAGAAGCUAUUUUACGAGGAGAAGAUACACCACCUGAUAUCCUUGCACAUAUCUUGAGUGUCAAAGCAAAAGAACCAAGUAUUACAAUUGAAGAUAUGGUUGAUGAGUUUUUCACAUUUUUUGUGGCAGGUGGGUGAAUAGCUGCCUUAAUUAUCCACUGGUUCACCUUAUAAGUUUGCAUAUUCCCUCAAAUGUUUUUUUUACAUUUCAUAUGGUUGUAACUUAGAGAAUUAGCUAAAGCUCUUUAAAUUAAUGACCAUCUCCUAAAGUCCUAAGACUUAAACAUUUGAUUCAGUGGGGAUGCUGUCCGAUGAUUUAAAUGCUACAUAUUCCUAGGGAUUAAAGGGUGUAACUAGAAAAAUUAUGUGGAUCCAACGGGAAUGAAGAGCGCAUCUUAAACAUAACAAGUUAAAUUCUGUACUUGAGUCAAGAAGUCCAUCUGGUUGGAGCUUAUCCCAGCUUCCCUUAAAUGAAGCAAUUAGGAGCAUGACUACUCCCCCCUGGAUGGGAUGGUAAUCCAUGGCAAGGUUACUUCAGCAUUUCAUCAGGCUUCCCUAACAAUUUGCCAUGACCCAUUUAUACUCCUGGGUGGAGAGAGGUAUUGAAAGAGUGAAGUAUUUUGCCCAAGAACUCAACCUGACCCACAGUCCAGUGCACUAACCAUCAGUCCACCACAUUUUCCUUGCCUUAAAGAUGAUAAACUGUAAUUAGAGAAUAUUAAGUUGAAGCGCAAUGGCCUCAUGGUUAGUGCGUUUGACUCCGGAUCGGGUGGCCCUGGCCGGGUCAUUGUGUUGUGUUCUUAGGCAAAACACUUUACUCUCACAGUGCUUCUCUUCACCCAAGUGUACAAAUGGGUACCAGCAAAAUAUGCUGGGGGUAACCCUGCGAUGGACUAGUAUCCCAUCCAGGGGGGAGUAGCAAUACUCCUAGCCGCUUCAUGCUAAGAAAACCGGAGUUAAGCACCGGCCCCAUGGGCCACUUGGGCCCAUAUCAAGGUUUUACUUUUUAGAGAAUAUUAAGACAUAAACAAAAUUUGAAAAUACAGAAAUUCCUAUUGGCUGUUUGUGUUUACUGGUAGCAUCACAUAAAACUUUCCACAUUCUGGAAGCACUUUCAGGAAAGCUCCCAUGGCCACAUAGCUCUGCAAGUGAUAGAAUAGAUCCUCUUAGAAAUGCAUAGACCAACAUUGAUACUCAACUGCACAACAGUACAAAUCAUUCAUGGACAGUGUGUAUAUUUUUUUUAAUAAGUGAUAAUGUCUCAAUGAUAGGUCAGGAAACUACAUCCAACCAGCUGUCAUUUACUCUCCAUGAGCUACUGAGGCAUCCUGAUAUUGAGGAGAGGUAUGAAAUAGUGAGUUACAACUGUAAGUUUUGCAUCAUCAGUGUGUGAUCUGUUACAUAGACUUUCUGACAGAGGUACUUUUGAGGUACGUGAGGUACAAUUAACACAAGAUAAAUAAGUUUUAAGGAGCAAACUGGCUGGUGUGGACCAUAAACUAACCCUUAAAACCUGUUUUUAAGUAUACUUACUAUAAGUCACUUCUUUUAUUAUACACAGUGCAGGGUGCAUUUCACUACUGUUACCAUUCUAGAAAAGAGAGGCAAAAAUUACAAAACCAUUUGAAGUGGCAUAUUUAACAACUAUUCACAGAAGUGGGAUUGAAUAGUUGUUUCAGUAUAUACUUAAGCAGUGAGAUAAUAUAGCAUAGAAAGAUGAGUUGAAUUCAUUUAUUCCUGCAAAAAUUACAAUAUUUUUUGGGCACAAAUCUGGCAUAGGUUGUGAUUAGCAUUUGAGGUAGAGUAGACAAUCAACACAAUACACUGUUUUAGUAUAUUCUAGUAGCAAAGAUCUAAAACACAUUACUGAAUAUUUAGUGAUUGUUCCCCUUAAAAUAAAGCAUAUAGUCAAUUUUAUUUUUAUCAUUUGCAGAGUAAAUCAAGAGAUUAGAGCUGUCCUUGGUUCACAUCAGUUUGUUGAAUAUAAAGAUCUUGGAAACCUCCAGUUCUUAAGUCAGACACUUAAAGAAGGAUUACGACUCCAUCCCCCUGCUGGGGGAACAAAUCGAACAACCGCAAAAGAUGAAGACAUUGGUGGCUACAUCUUCCCUGCCGGCACAACAAUAAACAUGAGUAAUUUUGUAAUGCACCACCACCCAGACUCAUGGAAAGACCCAUAUAAAUUUAAUCCUGACAGAUUUUCACCCGAGACCAAAGAUGCAAUUCCACAGUCUGUGUACUUCCCUUUCUCAUUUGGCCCACGCACUUGUAUUGGACAAACCUUUGCACAGUUUGAGGCCCGAGUGCUUAUGGCAAGACUUCUACAGCAGUUUGAGUUGAGUCUCUGUCCUGGACAAGAUGAGAUAAAAUAUGAGGAGAACUUGACACUGAGGCCCAAAGGGGGUUUGCUUUGUACACUCAAACGGAGAAACGAAAACUAAACUAAAAGGGAGCUAAAGAAAUCCCAAGUGUUUUUACAUAAAGGAGAAACCUCUACAUAUGAUAAAACAGAGAUAGAAAAAAUUUUUUAAAACCUGGGAAGUGGGGUGGGGUAGGUAAGGACAUCGAAAUCAGGGUCAUUAUUAACCCUUUAAUUCCCAUGAGUGACCAAAACAGAAUUUCUCCUUACAAUAUUAAUACAUUAUCAAGCAGACAAGUGAUGAGAAUAAAGAAAAAUAUUAAUUAGGGGAUUAUUAGUUGAUCCAAUACCAAAUUCUCUAAGUUAACAUCACAAGAACUAUUUGGCAGACAGUAAGGAAAAUUACUUAUGAGAUCUUGGGAGUUAAAGGGUUGUGGUGGGGUUGAAUGUGCACUGUUUCAUUAACAAAGUCAAAUUAACUUUUAUUGUAUUUCUCCAAGUGUUUUGCUCCAGCAUUUUCUACUUUCACUGAAGAGAAAGUUAUUUUGUUGCUGUUUCUUUUUUCUACUGUUUACUUAAUUAAGUAGUAUUUUUAUUCUACAGGUUUUUCUUUUUUUUUCUUUUUUGUAUUCAGCUAUGAUAGUCUAUCAGCCAUUAUGGUGUUCUGCCUUCAAGAAUGAAUGCUUAAUGAAAACAAUGAAAAACUCCCUAGUUUUGGCCCCCUAGUUUUACAUACAAGUUUUACUCUCUCAAAUGAUCUGCCUAGAAGAAAGAAUUAUUAUUAGUUGUCUAGCCUUAUCGCAAUUAUUGUAUCUUUAAAGAAGUUUGCUUGACCAUAACUAUUCACUCCAAUAAAAUUAUUUUUCAAACCUUCCCUAGUCCUGUGCUGUCAAUACUCACCC